GCAGAAAGCAGGAACAGGAACAGGAGGAGGAGGAGGAGGAAGAAGAAGAAGAAGAAGAAAACUGCGAUUGCGAUUGCGAUUGCGAUUGGCUAUCUCCGGCGGUCCGUCGAAUCCGUCUCGCGAUUUGCUUCGGGCGGGUAAAAGAAGGGAGAGAGGGGACGACGGACAGGUAUGAUGGCGGAGGACAAGAAGGAGAUCGUGCCGGCUAAGUACGACGUGGACGCUAAGUGGGACGCGUGCGUCGAUCUCACCGUCCGGCGAUCCUUCUACUCCUCCUUGGCCGGCGCCUUCGGUGGCCUCCUCCUCUUCAGGAGUCCCGCAGCUAGAUGGUCAUCUCUAGCUUUUGGUGCUGGUUUGGGCAUUGGCUCUGCUUACACAGAGUGUUCGCAGAAAUUCAAUGGAUGUCCUAAAAAACCGCCCCCCAAGGCAUCUGAUGUUUCUGCUCAUGUGACAGUCGUGGAGUCGUCUCCUCAGGAAGGGCAAGAUUGAGGGCAUCUACGACCUCGGAUACACUUGAUCGUUCAGAUGGAGUUUUCUCAAAUUGAGAUUGUUGUUGGCCUUUUUUCCCGUGCAAGGGCUUUCACUAUGUGCUACUAGCAUGGUCUCCAUGAUAAAAGCUAUUGCAAAUUUUAUGAUAUGAUUGUGUACCUGUCAUUUUCACCCAGAAACUAAAAUAAUGGCUUUACAUCA